AUGGAGGAGUCCAGCUCCCGCACAUGGACGCCCUGGUGGGAUAGACCCACGGCGCAGCUGUGCCGGAAUGCCUCACCCGCCGCGGGGUGCUCCUGGACCUUCCUCACCCAGCUCGAGUGCCACACCGAGCCCCACCCCGAGUCCGGCCAACCCGUGAAGCGCUGCGUGAAACUCCAUAAACGGCUCAUGAACUGUCCUGGAAGGCCACCGGUAACCGAUGAGCAGCAGCAGGAGGUCACCGCCUACGGCGAUGCCGCCCCGACACUUGACCUCGGACUACGGCUCUCCGACACGCCCGUCUUCCCCUCGUUACCUGCACGGGACAAGGUCCAGACACAGGACGUGGGCCAGGCAUUUGCCGACUUCCUCAGAUUCGCCGAGGAGCUGCAGCAGAGGAUGGCACCAGGUGUGCUGGAGUUGGAUGAGCGGCCGGCUCCCGCACCCCAGGUGGCGGUGGAGGAGAAGGAGGAGUCGCUCCUGUCCAAGGUCUUCAGGUUCCGAAGACCAGGCGCGGCGCACCGGCCAGACAGCCAGACGUGGCAGGAGUAUGCCAAGGACUUCACCGAGGUGUAG